GUCAACUAAGCAGCUUCACCUAUUGGUGUACCUGACAGUUCAGUUUGCAGUGUAUGGGUUGUUGGAAAGGGCAUCACCGCCGUUGGACUCAGCUACCACAAAGCUCCUGUUGUACCCGACGCUGGUGGUGGACCCUCCUACCGGGGUGGUCUACAACUUCCUGCGCAAGAUCUCCACGGCGCCUUUCAAGAUGCUUUCGUUUGCGGAGGAUGGUCCCGUGCCUACGAGUGGUGCCAAAGAUGCGCCACAGGGCAGCGCUGUCCGAAGUGCUUCGGCACCAGUGCACCCGGACGAGGAGGGAUCUCCAGAAGCGCCAGCACCAGUGAGGCUGAAGAGUGCGCCUCUGCGAAGCGAGGAGGCUGCGGUAGCCGAGGAUCAGAUAUCGGACGGCUCGCAGUCCGAGGGAGGAAGCGCCUCGCCUGCCGUGCCAGAGAAAUUCGAGGAG